UAAGAUAAAAUGCCACAUUCUGCAUUUAUUUCUAAAACCUCAGCCCGGAAGUACCUCAUGUCAUUGUUGUUGUUUUGACACUUGUGGUCCACGCUCGGGUCGGGAGCCAGCUGAGGGGGAUAUUUGUUAACAACAGCUCGACCACUGAGCAGCUCCGAGUCUCUGCCCGGAACCCUCAUCAUGCACGGGGGCAAGAGAGGACUGGUGGCUCCGCAGAACACUUUUCUGGAAAAUAUCGUCCGGCGCUCCAGCGAAACCAGUUUCCUGUUGGGAAACGCACAGAUCGUGGAGUGGCCAGUCGUUUACAGCAACGAUGGAUUCUGCAAGCUCUCUGGAUACCACCGAGCUGAAGUCAUGCACAGAAGCAGCUCGUGCAAUUUCAUGUAUGGAGACCUGACUGAUAAGAAGACUAUAGACGACAUCAAACAGACCUUCAAUAACUACGAGUCCCAUUUUGUUGAUGUGCUGCUCUAUACAAAGAAUAGAACAGCGAUAUGGCUCUACAUGCAGGUAGCUCCCAUCAGAAAUGAGAACAACAAGGUGGUGCUGUUCCUCUGCACCUUCAGAGACAUUACGCUUUUCAAACAGCCGAUUGAAGAUGAAACAACCAAAGGAUGGAUGAAGUUUGCCAGACUGACGCGGGCACUGAGCAACCGCAACCUGGUGCAGCAGUUAGCGCCGCUGAGCACCGAGGACAGCCACAAGCCGUCCAGACUGGCUGAGGCUCUACAGUUGGGAUCAGACAUCCUCCCUCAGUAUAAACAAGAGGCCCCAAAGACCCCUCCACACAUCAUCCUCCACUACUGCACCUUCAAGACCACCUGGGACUGGGUGAUCCUCGUCCUCACCUUCUACACGGCCAUCAUGGUGCCCUACAACGUCUCCUUUAAGACGAAGCAAAACAAUCUGGCUUGGCUGGUGCUGGACAGCGUCGUGGACAUCAUCUUCCUGAUUGACAUUGUGCUGAACUUCCACACCACCUUCGUGGGUCCUGCUGGGGAAGUCGUUUCAGACGCGAAGGUCAUACGGAUGAAUUACCUGAAGACGUGGUUCGUCAUCGACCUGCUGUCCUGUCUGCCCUACGACAUCAUCAACGCCUUUGAGCACGUAAAUGAGGGUCUCAGCAGUCUGUUCAGCUCCCUCAAGGUGGUCCGCCUGCUCCGAUUGGGCCGGGUGGCUCGUAAAUUGGACCACUACCUGGAGUAUGGAGCAGCCGUCCUGGUCCUGCUGGUGUGUGUCUUCGGUCUGGUGGCCCACUGGUUGGCCUGCAUCUGGUACAGUAUCGGGGACUAUGAGGUCAUCGAUGAGACCACCAACACCAUUAAGACCGACAGCUGGCUCUACCAGUUGGCCCUGAGCAUUGGGACUCCUUACCGCUACAACACCAGUGGUACCGGACAGUGGGAGGGGGGUCCCAACAAAGACACCUUGUACAUUUCUUCUCUCUACUUCACCAUGACGAGUCUCACCACCAUCGGAUUUGGCAACAUCGCUCCGGCCACAGACGGGGAGAAGAUUUUCUCUGUGGCGAUGAUGAUGGUGGGCUCGCUGCUCUAUGCAACUAUCUUUGGAAACGUCACCACCAUCUUCCAGCAGAUGUACACAAACACAAACCGCUACCAUGAGAUGCUCAACAACGUGCGUGACUUCCUGAAAGUCUAUCAGGUUCCCAAAGGUCUGAGUGAGAGGGUCAUGGACUUCAUCGUCUCCACCUGGGCCAUGUCCAAGGGCAUCGACACGGAUAAGGUUCUCUCAAUUUGUCCCAAAGACAUGCGUGCGGACAUCUGCGUGCACCUCAACAGGCAGGUGUUCAACGACCACCCGGCGUUUCGGCUGGCGAGCGACGGCUGCCUGCGCUCCCUGGCCGUGGAGUUUCAGACCACACACUGUGCACCCGGGGACCUCAUCUUCCACAUCGGAGAGAGUGUGGACACCCUCUGCUUCGUGGUCUCCGGCUCACUAGAGGUCAUCCAGGAUGAUGAGGUCGUCGCAAUACUCGGUAAAGCGGAUGUGUUUGGAGACGUGUUCUGGAAAGAGAGCACUGCGGCCCGGGCUUGUGCAAAUGUCCGAGCUCUGACUUACUGCGACCUGCACGUCAUCAGGAGAGAAGCUCUGAUGAGGGUGCUGGAGUUCUACACGGCGUUCGCCAACACGUUCUCCCGCAACCUCAUCCUCACCUGCAAUCUACGAAAACGGAUCAUCUUCAGAAAGAUUGCUGACGUGAAGAGGGAGCAGGAGCGCCAGAGAAACGAGGUGACUCUCUCUAUUCCCGAAGACCACCCGGUGCGCAAGCUGUUCCAGAGGUUCCGACAGCAGAGAGACGCUCAGCCGCCGGCGGAGUCUCACUCCUACUUUGAUUUCAACUGUGUUCAGGUGGAGCGUCACUCCGACUCCAACUCGUACUCACAGUGUCAGCCUGUAUCUCCUCUGCAGCAGGAGUACAGCUCCCCGGUGCAGAAUAAUGCACCCUGCUCAGGAGGGGGCAGUGUGGGCGGCACGGCGGCGGCACCUCCACAAGCACUAGUCCACACCGUGACCUCAGAGCAGAGCUGCACACAAGAGGCCGGGGAGUCGGCGGCGAGGCCUGACGCCGAGAGUCAGCUCUGUCAGAGGGUCAGCAGCCCUGGGAGAGGAGAGGGAGCUGUCGGGGGCGUUGCUCGAGGCUGGGCGAAGUUUAAAAACGCCGCUUCGACCGCACCGCCGCCUCCCGCCGUUGAGCCAGAAAAGAAGCCGCGGAAAGCAGAGGAGUGGCCGAAGGGAUCCCAGUCCUCAGAACUCUUGGCAGUCGCCAACAAGAACCAGGAUUUGGAGGAAAGUGGAGAGAUGGGGAGCAUGGAGGGGGGCAACGGUGACGAAAUAAGCGCCCUGCACAAAACGGACUCCUGCGACAGCGGCAUCACGAAGAGCGAUCUACGCAUGGACCGAGCCGGAGAUUCGAGGAGCUCCUUCGAAAGGAGCCCUCUGGAGAGAAGCCCCCUGGAGAGAAGCCCCCUGGAGAGAAGCCCCCUGGAGAGAAGCCCCUUUGAGCACAGUCUGGGGGUCGACUCCGCCCUCAAACACUGGUUUGUUCAGCCAGUGUCUGACCAAGCGCUCCUUCAGGCCACGCUGCACGAGGCCAAGCUGGAGCUGAAGGGAGACAUUCAGAAGCUGAGCGGCCGCCUGUCGGUGCUCGAGUCUCAGGUGAGCGAGAUCCUCCGGCUGCUGUCGAUGAAGAGAAGACUCUCGCUGCCGCCGACCUCUUCCCCGAAGGCCAGAGUGAAAUACCAAGACUCAGUCGCCGCCUCCAAGCUCGUCACAGCAAAGGCAGACAAUGGGCCUUUUUGAAUUCACUGAUUUGAACACCCAUAACCUGGAUCUGUUAACAACUGAUUUACAUCAGCACCAGUUUGCAUGUCCUGCUGGACUCUGCAAAGACAUUCUUCACAUUAAGCACCACCACUGCAUGCAGAAACCCCUUUUUAAUGUUACCGUAAUACUUAAAAAAAAGAAGAAACCAGGGAUUGUGAAGCACUUUUAUGGUCCUGUGUAUACUAGAUUUAAGAAUGCCAAAAAAGAAACAGGAACAAAUACUGAACAAACACUUACUGCUAGGAAAUAAGUGCAUUUUAGAGGCAUGAUAAAACAAUUUAUCGCUAUGCAUCUCAUGAAUGAUGCUCUGAUGAAGGCUUUCUGAGCCUGAUGGGAGCUGAAGUCACAUUCUUUUAAACAUAUCAUUUUCAUGAUCUUCCUUGACUUCUAUUUUAUUGUUAAUUCACAGUUUUGGGGCAUCAGUGAGAAGGUUCACCUGCCAUAACUGUCAUGAUUAUUUGAACAUCUUAAACAGACCGGAGGUCAGCAAACAUUUCCACGUGCACCAAGUGUUAAACACACGUCUCCCUCUCGUCACGGUAUUAAUUGUCAGGUAAUUAUAUGUGCCUUACAAUAAUAAAGCCUCAUUCAGGGUUGUUGUAAUGAGACAUUAUGAACUCUGUUUAUUUUUUAUUUUUUUUACAUAUGUUUUAUAAUAGAAACGUUAUGUUUGAGUUUGAUCCCUUUUUGGGGGGGUUUUCUCUUCUGAAUAUGUCACUGCACUAUGCAUUCAUUUGAUGAACUGUUUAGAAACUAUUUAUCUUGAGUCUCAGCUUGAUUCCCAUGCAUGUGAAAUAGGAAUAGGUGCUUUCAUAGAGUUUUAUUGUUGAAUAGCAUUAUCUCUAUUUUUUGUGAAAGACUUCCUUAAACAAGAUGGGAGUAUCUCGACUUAUAAAACCACUGUACAUCCCUUCAUGUAACUAUGCCUCUUGCUCAGGUAUAUUUGGUCUAAUGUUGAAUUUCAGUAUUUAUUUCAGAGUGAAUGAUUUUAUCUUUGACUACGUGUAAGAUUAAAUAGUUCUGCAAUUUCAUAAUUUUAGAACAUUAAGCACAUACCGCGAUGCAAACCAAAAUGAAGGGACACUGCUCUUAUCAUGUAAACAUUAGUUUAUUCUGGUUGUAUGACGAUGAUUACUAUAAUGUACAUGACUGAACAGCAUGGUUAGUUUUAGUUAGAGAUGUUUUUUUAAUUCGAUGUGUGACUGAAUCAUCUCAGUACGAGCCGUGAGGAUGAAAGCAUGUGGCUGUUGGUUGAUUCAGUACAUCUAUUUCAUAUUACACGUAUAAAUGCGGUUGCAUGCAUCCAGGGAACCUGUACACAUUGACAUGCAUAAUGAAAAAGGAUGCCUGCUCACCAUCUGUUGUUUAGCCUUCUCUGUUAUGCAACAAAAGACAUUAUGUAUAUUAAA